AUGGAGUUAGCAAUAGUCAGUGAUGCCGCUCCCAUGGCCGCAUACAGACCCAAGACUCCAGUGUCUGAAUCUGAUGAGAAGACAGGCUACGGAGGCUCUGAUAUGUCUGGUUGCUAUGAUUGUUACGGUGAUGGUAGCAGCAUAACACCCCGUGCAUCUGGAGCUCUAACUGGCUACGAGACUCUAGAUGCUCCACCACACUAUGACUUCUACGCCAACACUGAGGUGUGGGGCCGACGGAGGCGCUUCCGACCAUCUCUGUAUCAGCUGCAUGCUCGCCCACAGGAUGACUCCGGACCACCAAUGUAUGAGGACACAACAGCUGGGCAGAUGGAGGAAGGAGAUGGCUCAGAGGAAGAAGGAGAUGGACAAACUGAACUGCCACCUGAACCACCUCGCUUUGGCUGGAUCCAGGGGGUCAUGAUCCGCUGCAUGUUAAAUAUCUGGGGAGUGAUCUUGUUCCUAAGGAUGCCUUGGAUAACAGCUCAAGCUGGUAUAGGUCUGACCUGGAUGAUCAUUCUGCUGUCCUCGUGUAUAACUGGGGUCACUGGUGUCUCCACCUCGGCCAUAGCUACCAAUGGCAAAGUCAAAGGAGGUGGGACUUACUUUUUGAUCAGUCGCAGCCUCGGCCCAGAACUCGGUGGGUCCAUUGGUCUGAUCCUUGCCUUUGCCAAUGCUGUAGGUGUGGCUCUGCACACUGUGGGCUUUGCUGAGACGGUCGCAGACCUCUUGAGAGAAAAUGGAGCUACCAUGGUGGAUCAGACCAAUGACAUCCGCAUUGUUGGUGUCAUCACUGUCACAUUUCUACUGGGCCUUUCAAUGGCUGGCAUGGCAUGGGAGUCAAAGGCUCAGGUUCUGUUCUUCCUGCUCAUCAUGCUGUCAUUUGCCAGCUAUAUUGCUGGAACGGUCAUGCCUCCUACACUACAGAAACAAGCCAAAGGCUUCUUCAGCUACAAAGCGGAUAUCUUUGCUACCAAUUUCUUGCCGAGCUGGCAGGGGCCAGAUAGCACUUUCUUUGGGAUGUUCUCCAUUUUUUUCCCUGCCGCUACUGGCAUACUGGCAGGAGUAAACAUCUCUGGAGAUCUGAAGAAUCCAGCAGUGGCUAUCCCUCGAGGGACACUUAACGCAAUAUUCUGGACUGCACUGUCCUAUCUCAUCCUCACUGCAACUAUUGGAUCCUGUGUUGUGCGGGAUGCGUCUGGCCUGGUAAACGAUACUUGCCCACCGUCCAGUGAGGACUGCGUUGGUUUAGCAUGUAAAUAUGGAUGGGACUUCUCCGAGUGUAUCGCAAAUAAGUCCUGCCCUUUUGGCAUCAGAAACUACUAUCAGUCAAUGAGCAUGGUGUCGGCCUUUGGCCCGCUCAUCACUGUUGGAAUAUUUGGUGCAACUCUGUCGUCUGCAUUGGCAUGCCUGGUGUCUGCUCCCAAAGUCUUCCAGUGUCUCUGUAAGGACCAUAUCUACCCUCUGAUCGGCUUCUUUGGCAAAGGUUACGGCAAAAACGAUGAACCUCUCAGAAGCUACAUCCUGACAUACAUCAUAGCUAUCUGUUUUAUCAUCGUCGCUGAGUUAAACGUCAUCGCUCCCAUCAUCUCCAACUUCUACCUCUGCUCAUACUGUUUGAUCAACUUCAGCUGCUUCCAUGCUUCGAUCACAAACUCACCAGGUUGGCGUCCGACUUUCAGGUUCUACAAUAAGUGGCUGUCGCUGCUGUGCGCUGUGGUUUGUGUCGUGAUCAUGUUCCUGCUAAAAUGGUGGGCGGCCCUCAUUGCGAUUGGUAUCGUUAUGUUCUUUUUGGGAUAUACACUCUACAAAAAGCCAGCUGUGAACUGGGGCUCAUCAGUGCAGGCGGGCAACUACAACAUGGCUUUGAAACACUGCUUAGGCCUCAACUCUGUGGAAGACCACGUCAAGAAUUACAGACCCCAGUGUUUGGUGCUGACAGGUCCGCCCAGCAGUCGUCCAGCCCUGGUAGAUCUUGCCAACUGUUUCACAAAGGGUCUCAGUCUUAUGAUGUGCGGGAAUGUAGUCACAACCAGGUCCUCUCCAUCAGUUUUAGAAAACGCAAAGAGCGACAGUCAUGUCUCCUGGUUGAAUCAAAGGAAGAUCAAGUCCUUCUACGGAGGAGUGCUGGCCACAGAGCUGCAGUCUGGGGUGAACAUGUUGCUGCAGGGGGCGGGUUUGGGUCGCAUGAAGCCAAAUGUUCUGAUGAUGGGCUUCAAAAGUGACUGGCACAGUGACUCGCCUCAGGCUGCACACAACUACAUAGGAAUACUGCAUGAUGCAUUCGACCUUCAGUAUGGUGUGUGUGUGCUGAGGAUGAGAGAGGGGCUGGACAUCUUUUGUCCCUCUCAAUCCCAAGUUAAUCGUGGCUUUGAGGGAGAUGCAGACAGUGCAAACCCCAUUUCUACCCCAUCACGGAUUCAAACAAGGCCCUCGUCUUCCAGCGUUGUUGAACCCGAGCCUCAGCCCUCUACGGUGUUUCAGAAAAAACAAGGAAAGAAGACUAUCGAUGUGUAUUGGCUGUCCGAUGACGGGGGUCUGACACUCCUGCUGCCGUACCUGCUGACCCGCAGGAAGCGCUGGGCCAUGUGUAAGGUCCGCAUAUUUGUGGGAGGACAGACAGACAAAAAGGAAGAACAGAAGAACGAGGUUCUCACACUGAUCAAGAAGUUUCGUCUUGGUUUUCAUGAUGUCGAAGUGCUUUCUGACAUCUACCAGAAUCCUCAGCCUGUCAAUGUCCAUCAGUUUCAGAACACGAUCAGUCCCUUCAGACUCGAUUCAAACCCCAAACAGGACUCAGACUCUGAACCUCCAAGCCAGCAGGAGGCGCCCUGGAUGAUCACUGACCAGGAUUUAGAGAGAAACAUGGCCAAGUCUCUCCGUCAGAUCCGUCUGAAUGAAGUUCUGCUGGAUUACUCAAGAGAGGCAGCUCUUAUUAUAAUCCCCAUGCCGGUGGGAAGGAGAGGAGUCUGUCCCAGUACUCUUUACCUGGCGUGGCUCGACAUCUUGUCCAAGGAUCUCAGACCUCCGGUGCUUCUGGUCAGAGGAAACCAGGAAAACGUGCUUACUUUUUACUGCCAGUAACAUUUGCCACAGGUCAAUGAUGACAUUCUAUUAGCUUUCAAAUUAUUAAUAAUUUACCAGGGCUGUAAAUCACCAGUUUUGUCACAAUAGGAUAUUAUACCAGUUAACUUGAUGAAAAGCCACUGACCAUACUGUCCGAAUGAGUUGGGAUCGUCGAACGCGUCAUCUAAUAGCAGUUUGUUCCACUCAGGGUGCACUUUAUUUGAUCUUACACCAGGUGCAGGUGCAUGAGCUUCCUAGUGAUAUACUGCCUUCAUGUGGUGGAAACUGUAUCGCUAGAGUGGCUGAAAAAUGCAACACUUUAUAUUAGAAGCCAUUUCAAUUCAAAAUUCAAAGUACCUUAA